ACUCGGAAGCCUCAGUCAAACACCCAAUUAUUUUCCGCCACGUCAGAAAGCGAUCUUAUUCCCAAAACAAAACAAAAUUAUUUACAGCUCAAAAAUUCUAAUUUUUGCGCAACUCAACCGUCAGUCCGCCAAACGCAGCCUUCGCCCCGGCCAAUGGGAGGGCGUCUCAUCGUACUCCUAACCGCCUCCUUUCUCCUCCUCCUCCUGACAACGGCGGAGAACGGUGGAAGCAGCGGAAGAGACGGCGGCGAUUUCAUCGGAAACUAUGGGAAGCUGUCGGGGAUAAUCAUACCCGGCUUCGCUUCCACCCAGCUGAGAGCGUGGUCAAUUUUGGACUGCCCCUUUUCUCCUCUCGACUUUAACCCCCUUGAUUUGGUUUGGCUCGACAGCACUAAACUCCUAUCUGCUGUAAAUUGCUGGCUGAAAUGCAUGUUGUUAGAUCCUUACGACCAAACGGAUCAUCCCCAAUGCAAGUCGCGUCCUGAUAGCGGUCUCUCCGCUAUUACAGAGAUCGACCCAGGCUACAUUACAGGUCCUCUUUCUUCAGUGUGGAAAGAUUGGGUCAAGUGGUGCAUUGAGUUUGGUAUAGAGGCUAAUGCUAUUAUUGCUGUUCCGUAUGACUGGCGACUAUCACCAUCCAAACUCGAGGAGCGCGACCUUUAUUUUCAUAAAUUAAAGUUGACUUUUGAAACGGCUCUCAAGCUACGUGGUGGGCCGUGCAUAGUUUUUGCUCACUCGAUGGGAAAUAAUGUCUUUAGAUACUUUCUGGAGUGGUUGAAACUGGAAAUUGCCCCUAAACAGUACAUAGCAUGGCUAGAUGAACACAUUCAUGCGUUCUUUGCUGUUGGUGCUCCUCUUCUUGGUUCAAUCGAGACUAUCAAAGCAACAUUAUCAGGAUAUACAUUCGGUCUCCCAGUUUCCGAGGGAACUGCUCGAUUGAUGUUCAACUCGUUUGGCUCUUCAAUAUGGAUGAUGCCAUUUUCAAAACACUGUAGAACAGAGAACGCUUACUCGAAGCAUCUCUCUGGCGGGAGCAAAAAGGCUCACUUUGCAUACGUUUGUGACGAACACGAGUUUCAAUCUAACUUCUCUGGAUGGCCAACAAAUAUAGUCAACAUUGAAAUUCCUACAAUUAGAGGUAGGAGAUGCAGCCUUGCACGGCAUGGAAACGAAGCUUAUCCUUCGUUUUUGGAAGUAGCGCAGGCUAAUAAGACCGACACGGAGUGUGGAUAUCCAACUCAGUUGUCGUUUUCUGCUCGUGAAGUGUCAGAUGGAACCUUCUUCAAAGCUAUAGCAGAUUAUGACCCUGACAGUAAACGACUUAUGUACCAGUUAGACAAAUCAUAUCACGGUGACCCGGUUCUAAAUCCUUUGACUCCUUGGGAUAGACCUCCGUUGAAGAACAUCUUUUGCAUAUAUGGAAUAGAUUCAAAAACGGAGGUGGGUUACUAUUUUGCGCCAAGUGGGAAGCCUUAUCCUGAUAACUGGAUAGUAACUGAUGUAAUUUACGAGAUUGAAGGAUCUUUAUACUCGAGGUCAGGCAAUCUGGUUGAAGGAAACCCUGGUGCUGCAAGUGGGGAUGAAACGGUACCGUAUCAUUCCCUCUCUUGGUGCAAGAACUGGCUUGGAUCAAAAGUAAACAUAACAAGAGCUCCUCAGUCGGAACAUGAUGGUUCGGAUGUGCAAGUGCAAUUAAAUGUAGAACACGAGCCUGAAAUGGAUAUAAUUCCCGACAUGAAAAGAUCUCCUAGAGUGAAGUACAUAACCUAUUAUGAAGACUCUGAAAGUCUUCCGGGAAAGAGAACAGCUGUUUGGGAGCUUGACAAAGCAAAUCACAGGAACAUUGUUCGAUCUUCAGUAUUAAUGCGAGAGCUGUGGCUUGAGAUGUGGCACGAUACUCAUCCCGAUAAAACAUCCAAAUUUGUCACAAAAGCGACUCGUGGUCCCUUGAGAGACGAAGACUGCUACUGGGAUUAUGGAAAAGCUCGGUGUGCAUUGCCCCAGACUUGUGAGUACAGGUAUCUUUUCGGAGAUGUUCAUUUAGGACAGAGCUGCAGGCUAAAGAAUUCUUCGGCUGACCUAUUGUUGCAUUAUGUAUAAACUACAGUCUUCAAGCUUUUCGGAUUCUUCUCAUGGCAGACAAUGGCAGUAGAUAAUCCUUGAUCUGCAUCUAUUUUUUCAAGCGGGCCAUAACAUAUAAAAUGUGUUAUGGUGAAAGUAAAACAUGCACAAAAGAGGAGGCGAGGCACUCACAAGAGACACAUAAUUUUUGCUGCUCAAAAAAAUAAUAUAUUAAUUGUGAACUAUCUUUUGGUUCGGCUCGGUUUAAGGAUACAAUUGUUUGAUCGAAAAACCAUCUACGAACCGAAAAUUUUGGAUUUCUAAAGUAGAAAAACUAAACCAACGAUUUUGAUUGUACCUCAGGACAGUUAAUAGUGGUUCGAUUUUUUGAUAUUUGGGUCGAGUUUUCGGUUUU